CAGCUCGCCCUCGGCCCGUCGGCUGUGCCCGGCCGCCCCGGCGCCCGGCAGCGGCUGCGGCUGAGCGGGGCUGUGCCCGCGCCCGGCCUCGGGAUGACGGUCCUGCCCCUCCUCUGGCUCGUUUCCUACUGUGUUGGAACCUUGGGGACUCAUACUGAGAUCAAGAGAGUGGCAGAGGAAAGGGUCACUUUGCCCUGUCACCAUCAGCUGGGGCUUCCAGAAAAAGACACCCUGGAUAUCGAAUGGCUGCUCACCGAUAACGAAGGCAACCAGAAAGUGGUGAUCACAUACUCCAGCCGUCACGUCUACAAUAACUUGACUGAGGAACAGAAGGGCCGAGUGGCCUUUGCUUCCAACUUCCUGGCAGGAGAUGCUUCCCUGCAGAUUGAGCCUCUGAAGCCCAGUGAUGAGGGCCGGUAUACCUGCAAAGUGAAGAAUUCAGGGCGCUAUGUGUGGAGCCACGUCAUCUUAAAAGUCUUAGUGAGACCAUCAAAGCCCAAGUGUGAGCUGGAAGGAGAGCUGACGGAAGGAAGCGACCUGACUCUGCAGUGUGAGUCAUCCUCGGGCACAAAGCCCAUUGUGUAUUACUGGCAGCGAAUCCGGGAGAAGGAAGGAGAGGAUGAACAUCUGCCUCCCAAAUCUAGGAUUGACUACAACAACCCUGGGCGUGUUCUGCUGCAGAAUCUCACCAUGUCCUCCUCUGGACUCUACCAGUGCACAGCAGGCAACGAGGCUGGGAAGGAAAGCUGUGUGGUGCGCGUGACUGUACGGUAUGCCCAAAGCAUUGGCAUGGUCGCAGGAGCAGUGACAGGCAUGGUGGCUGGAGCCCUGCUGAUCUUCCUCUUGGUGUGGCUGCUGAUCCGAAGGAAAGACAAAGGGAGAUAUGAGGAGGAGAGACCCAAUGAAAUUCGGGAAGAUGCUGAAGCCCCGAAAGCCCGCCUCGUGAAACCUAGUUCCUCCUCCUCCGGCUCCCGGAGCUCCCGCUCUGGCUCCUCCUCCACUCGCUCCACAGCGAACAGUGCCUCCCGCAGCCAGCGGACACUGUCCACCGAGGCGGCCCCCCAGCCAGGGCUGGCCACCCACACGUACAGCCUCGUGGGGCCCGAGGUCAGAGGUUUUGAACCAAAGAAAGACCACCAUGCUUCCCUGACCAAAGGAACCCCACCCAGCUUGAGCCCCAGAUACAGCAGAGCCUCAGGAACUGUCUGAAUCAGAGUGGACUGACCCCCAUGUUUUCCUAGGACUCAGGAUUUAGGACUGUUCUAGCCAUUGGCACUCAGUCACCAGCCACACAGCCCCCAAACCAGAUGAGAGGUUCCUUUAAGUAGCAGUGAGCAUUGCAUGGAACAGAUUCAAAUGAGCACUUAUAUGACAACAAACAAGGAAAAGGCUGUAAGCUGAUCAUCUCCAAAAGGGCAUUUCAUUGUGUCUGCAGACCAGAGAUCCAAAUCUGUGUUGCUGACCAGGACCUGUGGUAGAAAAGGUUGGGGAAAGGGGAAAUGAACACACUCUCACCUGAGAUGUUUUGUACCAAUACUUUGAUUCGCCAUUGUCAAGAAGAAAUAAGGUGGUGUUCAUAAAUAUUCUAUGCAUUUCUCAACCUACUGAAUAAUUGUGAUUGUUCACAAACAGAACCCACAGCCUUAUAUCACACCUGUCUGCACCAUGUACUGGGGCUUACUGCUUCAAAGAAACUUCAAAAAGGAGACAUGUCUCUUCUAUUCUGACUUGAUUUUGCUUACCACAAAAUUUGGAUAUUAACUUCAAGAGUAUUUGAAAUAGUGGGAGAUGGAGACGAAUGACUGAGUUUCUCCCAUUCUGUCUACUACUAAUCUUCCUACUUACAUUGAACCAUAGAACUAAAAAAGGAGUCCAAAAUGUGCAACAAGGGACUGUAAACAACUUUCCAUCGUUUUGAUGUUCAGAGAGUCACUGAUGAACAUAAAAUAUAUAUACUGGAACAGUUGUGGGCUUUCCCUCAAAUCAGAUGUCUCUUUAAGGCCUUCCCUGCUGGAUCUCUGGAGCAGGAAAACAUGUACCACAUGUCAUUUAACAACGUCUGUACAAAGAAAUCUUCUAGAGUAAACCAGAUCUUUAAAAGACGCUGAAAAAUCAUCUGACAUACCAUUCGUUCUAUUCUCUUCUUUCUGAGAACAUAGGAAACCAGAAUUUCAAGAUUGACUAGACUAGACCAGUUUUCUCUUAAUAUGUCAAGGCGUGGAGUAAGAAAAUUUAGGAUGGCACCAAACUUGGAGCUUCUUCCAUUUCCUUCAUUUUAGGAGAAGGAUGUGAACCUGGAACUUUUGAUGAUUCUAGGCCUCAAGUUAUCAAAAAGAUCAGAGACUGCCAACAUUUUAUAAUGGCACUGCAAGUAUGUCAUGAUCAUUUCCUCCUGACAGGUUGAGACUGAGAGAAAUUUGUUAUUUUUCCAGCUAAGCCUCUAAGAAGUCUAGGUCUGGGCUGGAAAGAAAGGGAAAUAACAGGUAAGAGUUGGUGAGGACAGGUGGUAUAUGACAGGAGAGGGUUGGUUAGUGACUGUUGUUAACACUGUAAUUGUCAGCAUCUUGGAAUUAGUAGAGAUGAUUCACCAGGAUAGCUAUCAGAAGAGCUGAUUCAUAGAAGAAAGGUGUCUGAGAAUAAAAAGCAGCCACUCCCAAUUACAGUAACUUGCCUUUUUAGUAGUUUUGACUAAUCUGCCGGUCAAAAUCAUUCUAUGGCAAGGAUGCUAAACCCGAAAUCGCCCUUCAAGGAUCCUACUGCAAAUGUCAACAGAUCACCAUUUGUAAAGCAAAAUAUUUGUUAUUAAAAGGACAGCAGGACAAGGAAAGGGAAAAGUAAUGCUGAAUAUGGUGAUGAAAGCAGUUUCUAAAUUGGGAAUCAGAUGCUUAAAGGGGAAAGACUGAUCUGGGAUUUUUGCCUCAUUUCCCUGGUUUUUCAUUUCUACAUUUAACCUCACACUAGAACCCUCAUACAGUGCAAAUGUAUUACCUUCUAAAAUCCUUUAAGAAAUAGGGGUUUAUCCCUGGGUGAAAGUUUUAAUCCGAAUUUUGUCUUCCUCUA